AUGCGAACAGCAAAGGAAGAACAUGAAAAAUAUCAUGAUUGUUUUGUUGGUGAUACAAUUUGUUCAUCUUGUUAUGAUUUUAUUCCAAAAGAUCAUAUACCUUUUUGUCCACAUUCUCGUUUUCGAAAUAUUAUGGAAAUUCCUUCAACACCAAUGUGUUUAAAAUUAGGCUUUCUCGAACAGAGAGCUAUAGCACUUAUGCAUUGUUAUAUUAGUAUAUUAAUCAUUCGUGGUCAUCAAUCAGCAAUGAAAGGACAAGUAGUACAUUGUCAAGUUGAUGUUACUGAUAAUAUAGGCGAUCUUUUACCAUUGCCAAAAUGCUAUGAAUUUAUGGCAGUUAUUCAACAGAAACCGAUGAAUGAAAAUGGUGAAAUAAAAUCAACAGUUAGAUAUUCAGUUAGUGCCAUUCAAAUUCUUCGUGCCAUUCAAUAUCUUAUCCAACAUCACAUCGGAUAUAUGAACAAACAAGUUCUUUCUUUAGAAAAAAUUGAAGAGAUGUUUCAAUGUCGAAAAGAAGAUAUUGCUCCGAUUCGAAUUAUUGAUUCAUAUGCCUAUAAUAAUUCUACAACAUCUGCUCCGAUUAUUCUUGAUGUUGAUGAAGCUGUUUUUGGUCCUAGUCGUACUCUCAAACCAGGUGAAGAUCCUAUUUGGACAAUUCAGCCUGGAAUGGAAGAGUGUACUUUUCCAUGGAUUUAUCCAACUGGCGAAGGAGGAGAACUUCAUGCUAAACGACCUAUUCCAGUCAGACUUCGUGAUUAUUCUAUUGGAAAAGCUGUACGAGGUACAGCUGCAUUCUGGUCGGUCCCUAGAAAAAUUCUACGUUCAAUGUAUGCAACAUUAUCCAAACCUAAUAUUUUUUUGAGUAUCAACUUACAAGAUGAUGUAGAAUUUUUGACACAUAUUGAUCCAAGUCGAUUUGGUAAUGUGAAUGAUCCAAACUAUGAUGCGAUUGACUCUUUACCUGAUGAUGAUUAUUUGCAACUUGUUAACGAAAAUAGUGCACUAGUAGCACGAAUGUGUCAUCGCCGAAUGCUUGCAUUUGAAAAAUUUAUUAGUGAUAAGAAACAUCCUUUUUUCAUUGAUUAUAUCGUUACAAAUUAUUUCUUCAAAAUUGAAUUCCAACGUGGUGGUCUUCCUCAUCUCCAUACAUUACUUUGGCUUGACAACUUUCCUUCUAUUGAUACAUUAGAAGGACGAGAAAGUGUUAUUAAAUUUAUCGAUAAAUUUCUGACUACAUGCUUACCAGAUAAACAAGUAGAUCCCGAAGGUAGUAGUAAAGUUCGUAUACGUCGAGGACGCAAAUUUAAUGAUGAAGAAAUCGGAAAAAAUAUUAAAGAAUCUCAAAUAAAAGAUAUCAAUAAAAAUUAUUUACAUGAAAAUGAAAUAUAUGAACAAGUUGAUCCAAAUGAUGAUCCUGAUCUUUUACAAUUAGCAAAAGAAAAAAAGGAAUUUUUUGAACGGUUGGGAUGUCGUUUUGGAAGCCCUUUUGAAUUGGCUAAUGAAACACAUUUUCGAACAUACAAAGAAGCUCGCAUAUUGACAAGGGAUGAUCGAGAUAUUAUUGUAAAAAGAUUAAGUGAAGAAUCUAGACGAAUAAUUCCCUACAACCUACACUUUUUGAAAACAUUUCGUUGCAAUCAUGAUAUUCAAGUUAUUACCGAUCCAUGGGCAUCUGCAGAAUAUUUAUUUUCUUAUGUAUCAAAAGAUGCCCAUAUGGAAAAAAAUUUAGUGUAUCAAAUGUCAAAUUGUACUUGUUCGAGUCUUGCGGAAACCAAAGCUGUUCUACUAAAAACAGGUAAUGCAAUACUGUCUCAUCGUCAAGUUGGUAAAGUUGAAGCAUCAUGGACAGUACUAGGCAUUCCUUUAUAUCAUUCAUCAAUGAGAUGUAAAAGUUUAUAUAUUUCUUUACCAUGGGAAGAAGAAAGAAUACUCAAACGUGGACGAACUCACGUAACCAGUGCAGAUGAUUUUGUUGAAUCACUUACACAUCGAUAUGUGAAACGACCAUUUACUCCUGCUGUAAUUGAUCAUAUAACUCUGUUUGAAUUUUUAACUUGGUUUGAUUAUGAUCGAUCGUCUUCAAUGGAAUUACAAGAAAUUUUGCACGAACCACUCAUUGAAAAUCCUCUUUGGCGUACUGAAUUUAAUCAACCACCAUUACUUAAAACUUCGACUUUUCUUCCUCGGAUCAUUUUAUCAUGUGGUUCAGUAUUGAUUCAACACAAAGAACCAGCAUGUAUUAGUUUUACUUGUCGUUAUGAUGAUUCGAUGUUGGCUAUGUAUUCAAUGCUUUCUAUUGGAAUACCAUAUCGAGACCCAAUUGAACAAUUUUUGGGUGGUAAAUUAGAAAAUGAUCUGAACGCUAUCCAUCAAUUAUUGCUGAAAAGUAAACGUGAUAUAUUACAACGAUUUUCUACAUUACCUGGAGCCUACAAAAUACAAAUGAUCAAUGCAGUUGAACAUUUAUGUGACUUAAAUGCUCAUGAUUUUGUUAUUAAACCAAGAACGUCAUUUAUAUUUACAACUGAAGAUGAAGAAGACGAAGACAAUGAAACAAUCAACAAUAUAGAACAAACGAAUGAUAGUAACAUUACCAACAGUAUUAAAGAUUCCUAUAAACGUCCUUUCUCUGAAAAUAUUGAUGAAGAUAACGAAGAACUCUUGCAUGCUAAUAAAGAUAUGAGAAUCGAUUGCCCUUCCAGUCGUACUGAAGAAUUGUUAUUAUCAGCCAAUACACAACAGCUUUUUUUGGCAAAUUUUUUCAGACAAUAUCUUGUAGCAUUAAUCCGAUAUGAAGAUAGUCGAUAUCGCUCUCAACAAAUCUCAAAACCGUUACCUUUUCAUAUAAUUGUUAAUGGUUUGGCUGGCUCUGGAAAAUCCUAUGUUAUCUCUAUUAUUGAACAGAUGUUAACCGAUUUUUGUAUUAGUGAAUCAGCUACUCGAAAUCGUCCACGUAGAGCAAAAGGAUUACUUAAGAUGGCUCAUACUGGCAAAGCUGCUUUAAAUAUUCAUGGUUGGACUAUCCAUACUGCUCUAGGCAUGCGUCCCGACAACACAUCUACACCGAAUAAUGCUCCAUCCUUUAAAAUACAUUCGAUUCGAAAAAGACUUGGUGAUUUAAUAUUAAUAAUCAUCGAUGAAAUUUCACUCGUCUCCUACAAUCUAUUUCAAAAAGUAAACAAGCGACUAAAUCAAAUAUUUGAAGUAGCCGACAAAAGUGACGUCUAUUUUGGAAACAUUCCAGUUUUAUUAUUUGGCGACUUAGCUCAAUGUGAACCAGUUGCUGCCAAACAAAUAUUUUGGCGACCUUCCGGUGAAACUUUUUCACUUUGGUCCGAUUUAUUCAGACCAAUCAACUUCAAUAUCAACAUGCGACAAGGUGAAGAUAGACAAUUCUUCGAUAUUCUGUGUCGAAUGAGAUUAGGUAUACCAUUAUUUACUGAUAAUAUACAUGAUAGUAAAGUUUUUUCAGGUGAAUACAAUGAAGACGAUGAAAUGAUAAUAAAAUGUAGAAGUAUUCGAAAAGGAGAUAACCCACUGCACUAUAAAGAACGAUUAUCAGAAUUACAGUCAACAGCAUUUGAAAAUGCUAUAUAUGCAUUCAGUAAAGUUGGCAUGGCUCGAUCAUUAUUUUUUAGCCCAGUACAAGCAAGUAACAAAGAAUGCAAAAUUAAUUUAAAACCUUCUGAUGACGAAAACGAGUGUGCAUCUAUGUUUCAGCAAUUACCAAUAUGUAUUGGCGCACGUGUAAUAUGUCGACGUAAUAUUGAUUUUGAUGGAGAAAUGGUGAACGGAACCGAAGCGACCAUAAAAGAUAUAAUAUGGGAUAAACAAGAUGACAUUGUCUUACCAAUGUCAAACCGAUGUGUUUUCCCAAAUUCAAAUCGAGCACUAACUGUGAAAUUACCAAAAUAUAUUGAACUCGAAUUAGAUAAUAGUUCUAUAUAUAAAAUGACUCCAGAAGAAGUUAGUUUCAAAGAUCAAAAUGGAAUAUGGAUGACAAGAAAACAAUAUCCACUCAGUUUAGGCUAUGCAAUAACAGUUCACCGAUCCCAAUGCAUGACUUAUAAUAAGCUAGUUGUCGAUUUAACUGGUAUAAACUGGAAACCUGAGUGGUGUCUAUCUAAUUCACCUAAUUCUGAGCAAACAUCAGCAAGAAUAUCAAAUACAAAUAAUGAACUAAUAUCAAAUACAAAUAAUGAAUUAAUAUCAAAUACAAAUAAUGAAUUAAUAUCAAAUACAAAUAAUCAAUCAAUAUCAAAUUGCAUCAAUACAAAACAAAUACAAUUACAAUGCAUGUUACCAGCCACAACUUAUUCAGUAACAAAACCCGAACAUGUUAUCAUUUGUGAGCAACACCAAGAACACUUUUGCGGACGACAUGCUCUACGUGCACUCUCACAAAGACUUGAUUUAUUUACUGAUAAGUAUUUAUUUGAUAUCGCUGAAGAUAUAGCAGUUACCGACCAAAUACAUCGAAAUGGACAACCAUUAUAA